AUGGUUACCCGUAAUGCUAUUACGUCCCGAAUCCAUUCCAUCCCUAAUACGCCCACAUCCCGUAAUAGGCAUUCCCCCAUUGAGCGUCGAUUAGGGAUUACUUACCUGUUUCUUAUUUUCGUUUCCUUUUUUUGCCCUCAUCGAUUUCUGCUUCUUCUUCCAUCGAUAUUGCAGAGAUGUGGAAUGUUUGUAAAUCAUACCAAGUAGAUCAUAAAGACUAUUUUCCAUUUUAUUUCCAGUUUCGAUUUCAAUUCCAAACCAAAGCAAAAAGAAGAAAAAUGGCCACGAAUCCUGCCCUAGAACCCGAGAUCGGACCCGAUGGACUCGCUAGGGAAGCUCCUGUCAUCGCCUACACUGAGAAGAUAAUCGAAGAAGAGCGGGUUCAACUCAAGAAAUACAUAGAAGAAAACUAUUCUAAAAUACGUGAUGUUGAAAGAGAACUAGCAAAUCUUAUAAUGGAGAUGAAACUCACUGCUGGGCCCAAAAAAGCAGCCCUUGAACAUAUGAGAAAGAAAAUCGAAAUGUCAACUGAGAGAAUACGUAUUGCGAAGCAGAAGGAAGAACAAGCACGAAAGAUUUGGGAAGCAGCAUUGAAGGCUUUGAAUGAUGAUGAAGCACUUAAGCAGAAGUUAUGUGAGGACUUAAAAAAUCUGGUUCAAGAAAGCAGUAACUCCCAGUUUGCUCGACUUGAGGAAUUGAAAAGGCGAUUGGAAGCUCUGAACCCAAGUAGGCCAUCCGCUUUGUCUAGUCAUGUGAGCUUUCUUUUUAUUCUUUCUUAUUACACUACAAGUAGUCCAUGUAGUAUCCAAUACUUAUAUGGUGUUCUAGGAGAAGAUAACUUCUUUAGAACAGUCAUUAAAAUAAGCAUGUCACCAGAUAAAAAUUGGUUUUCUGUUAUUGUGUGCUCUGCUUUUUAAUUUUCUAUUGCUGACCAUUUUUGCAAACUGGAUUGAUAAGGAGGUGUCAUAUCAAAAUGGAAAAGAUAUUCAUGUGUUUGAGCGUUUACUUGUCC